GGAAAGCCUGACCCUGGCCGAGUGUAAACUGAAGACAAUCCAGGUCCACAGUCAGCAGAGAGAGAGGCCGAGGCUAGGAUACAGAUGUCGGAGAAAGCUGCAGAGCUAGUGAAACAGUUCCGGAAGGCCCACAAACAUGGAGAAGACAAACUCCUGGAACAGAUGAGGCCUGCAGACCAGACUGACGAAGAUGUUCACAACUCCUUGUACUUUGAUGCCAGCGCAUAUGACAGGUCAGAGGCAGCUAGUGAACAGUCUGGAGAGUCGGAUGAAAGUGACCAAGAUUUCAUGUUCAUGCAGACAUCCUCCACAACUUCCAGUCCUAGGAACAGUGUGUCAGUGGAUCAGGUGAGCUGUCGUCUUCUGAGUCAGAUUGACAAGAUGUUGGCAGAGAGAGAAAUCAUGAAGAAAGACAUGACAGCUGUCAUCCUUGCCCGAGACCGAGCUGUAGCCAAGUGGAGGAAGGCAGAGCGUGACCUGCGCCAACAACGGGAGAACAUGGCCGGGUUCAGGGAGGACCAGCAUGCUCUUUGGGUCCUACAGCAGGAGAGGGAUGCUGCCUUGAGGAAGGUGAAACACCUGGAGGAGAGCAUGCAGCACACACAGCUAGCCUACAGCCUUCAGAAGUCUUUGUCACCAGAAGUGAUCCACAAUACCCUAGAUGCCCAGAAACAGAAGGACAAAUCCAGGUGCUCUCCCAUGGAGGAACCAGAAAAGGAGAGGAUAUGGCCUGCUGAUGGACCUCUCAAGGACAUGUCCGACCUUCGACUCAUGAACAAUCAGUGGAGGGAGGAGAACAACCAGCUUCAGACGCAGCUGCAACAUGUGAAGCUGGAGCGGGAUGACCUGAACAUACAGCUGAAGACCACCAGGGAAAACAACAAGCGACUUGAAAGACAAGUGAUUGUUCUCCAGCGUAAACUCACUGAAAGUUACAGUUCCAAAUAAAUCCAAGUCAUAGUCUUCCAUAAUAUUCAUACUUUACACCUGUUUAUAUAUUUAUGACCAUGUCAUUUUCUGAUUGGCUCAAAGUUGUUUGUCAUAUUUAUGCCAAAAUGUUUACCAAUACAGGUCCUUCAGAUGUCCUAAAUAAGGUAUUUUAUGCUGCAUUUACAAUAUACAUACUGCCAGUACAUGUACUGCUUAAGGAAAAUCUCAGUUUGUAUAAACACUUUACCUGAGAAAAGUCAUAGUAUUGUUUAUUUGUUAUUAUUACUUAUUUAUUGAAUAUUUCCUUGCCAACUCAAACAGUCUUUGUACGUCUUCCUUUUAAAACUAUAAUAAUGAGAUUUUUCCAAUGAACUGAUCAAAGAAAUUAUUUUAUAUGUUUUGAAAUUUCUACAAAAUGUUGCCUUCCAAAUACUUUUGUAUGAACAGAUGUCUUGUGAAUUAUUUUGUGACUUUCAUUUGUUACAUCAUAUUGACAAACAAGCUAGUAGGUUAUGUUCCACACUAAUACUGUUUUAUUACACUUUACACUUUGAUUCUUUGGUCAUGAAAAGCUGUAAUUCAUAUGAAAUGGAUUUGUGCCAUUGAUCUGGAACAAAAUACUUAGUCAAAAUGUUACCUCUAACACUUUAAGUGCAUAUGUUAUUGCAGUCAAUUUGCCAUUAUCUGCAAGUUAAAACUAUCCUACUCUAUGUUGUACUUAAACUGUGGUCAAUACAAUGCUAUAUCUUAGACUUUGAACUUUGAGGAGCUUGCCCAGUGUAUAUUUAUCACAGCUGUAUACAACAGAGUGUUUAUAAAUCUUCCCUGAAAACCUUUCCUUGCCACCAAAGCCGCGUUCCCUUGUUAAUUAAGUUGUUUCAGGAUUUAUAACUUCCAUUGACCCCUUUCUGUUCCUUUGGUGAGGUUUGUGCUCCUCAGGUGGGAAACAUGGGACAAUGAGAGAUUUUUUGUGGCAGCUCAAGGUACCGUCCAAUUUAUGGCAUGUUAGUGAUUGGUUGGUCGAUUGGCUUUCUCUACAUGUAUGCAAUUUAUUGCCUUGUUCAUUUGCAAUAUGUGUUGGGCAUGAUAUUAAUGCUAUGACACCUGGUUUGAAUGGUCGCUUUAUCAGGCAAUAUUGUCAUAGUUUCUUCUGAAGAUGAUUGACAUUAACAGAUGAUAUAUGUAUGGGUUAGAGGUCUCCCACUCCAACCUCUCUCACUCACUCACUCACUCACUCACUUACUCAGACAUACACACACAUAAAUGCACUUGUAUACACAUGCAGACACAGAUGCACACACAACUACAUGCACAUACUUACAAAUGCACACACAGACAUGCACAAGUAAUGUUUUGUACAUAUUCUAUGUGACAAGUGUUUCUGUGGCAGUGGUCCUCUUGGCUGCCUGUAACAAUGACAUUUGUCAGUCCCUGUUAUAUCUUAUUUAUUUCAGAAGGUAAGGACAUAAAAGGUGUUUCUUUAUGUCAUGAUAUACGAGGGGCAUCCCAAAGUAGUCGGCCUCACCUAGAAAAUUAUACAAAUGCAGCUAUUUUUAUGUUUUAUUUUUCCACAUAUUAUCUGUCAACCUCAAGCAAAUUGCUUUUGCCAUGUUCCAGGCCCACGAUCCUCGUUUUGUUUGACUGUUUAUCUUGGUACCCCCCAAUAUGCAAGAAACAUUUUGUGUGUUUCAGAUAGGCAGAAGUCUUCUAGAAUCAAACAUAGAUAUUAAAGUGCAUAAAAAUGCAAUUUGAAACUACUAUAGCUUGUUAAAGUGACUCCCCCGUGAUGUUUACUGAAAGUGCUUGUUUUGGAGACACUACCCAACCCCUUUCAGAUGACGUAAUCAUAAGGACAUAAUUCAUUCUAAUGUUUUCACAUAUUUAUACAUGUGGCCAGCUUCUAUAUGCCACUUAAGGAAGUAAAAUGAUGCCAAGGGUUCAAACUAAAUACUGAUGGUCACACAAGUGUCAGCACUCAAUAUAU